AUGGGCCCCGACAGAGUGACAGCCAGGGAACUGUGUGAAAAUGACGACCUCGCCACCAGCCUCGUCCUGGACCCCUACCUCGGCUUCCGCACCCACAAGAUGAACGUCAGCCCCGUGCCCCCCCUGCGGCGACAGCACCACCUGCGCUCAGCGCUGGAGGCCUUCCUGAGGCAGCGGGACCUGGAGGCUGCGUACCGGGCCCUGACGCUGGGAGGCUGGAUGGCCCACUACUUCCAGAGCCGGGGCCCGCGGCAGGAGGCUGCCCUCAAGACCCACAUCUAUCGCUACCUCCGAGCCUUCCUGCCUGAAAGCGGCUUCACCAUCUUGCCCUGUACCCGUUAUUCCAUGGAGACAAAUGGAGCCAAGAUUGUGUCUACCCGUGCUUGGAAAAAGAACGAGAAGUUGGAGCUGCUGGUGGGCUGCAUCGCAGAGCUGCGGGAGGCCGACGAGGGGCUGCUGAGGGCCGGGGAGAACGACUUCAGUAUCAUGUACUCCACCCGCAAGCGCAGCGCUCAGCUGUGGCUCGGCCCGGCCGCCUUCAUCAACCACGACUGCAAACCCAACUGCAAGUUCGUACCUGCAGAUGGGAACGCAGCCUGCGUGAAGGUGCUCCGGGACAUCGAGCCAGGGGACGAGGUGACCUGCUUCUACGGCGAAGGCUUCUUCGGUGAAAAGAAUGAGCACUGUGAAUGCUACACCUGCGAGAGGAGAGGCGAAGGAGCUUUCCGACUGCAGCCCAAGGAGCCCCUGCCACCCCGGCCCCUGGACAAGUAUGAGCUCCGGGAGACAAAGCGGCGGCUGCAGCAGGGCCUAGAUGGCCCCCGGGCCUGUGCCCACCCACCCCCGCUGCGCCGGGACCUGUUCUGCGCUGCCUGCCAGCCCCUGCGCCCCCCGCCCUGCGGCGCCCGCCCCGAUGCCUCACCCCUCUGGCUCCAGUGGCUGCCUCAGCCCCGGCUCCGGGUGCGCCCCCGGAGGCGCCGACGCCCCCAGCCCCGGCGGGCCCCGGCGCCCCCCGUUCUCCGUGCUGCCCGCGUCUCCCUGCACCGAUGGGGAGGCUGUGGCCCCCACUGCUGCCUGCAGGCGGAGGCCCUGGUGGCUCUGGGGCCGGCCUCCCGUGCCCGCUGGGCCCCCCAGCAGGACUGGCACUGGGCCCGGCGCUACGGGCUGCCUUACGUGGUACGUGUGGAUCUGAGCCGUGUGGCCCCGGCCCCGCCUGCCACUGCCACUCCCGUCCCCACUGGGACCCCCGGCCCCAUCCCCAUCCCCAAGCAGGCCCUUGCCUUUGCCCCCUUCUCCCCACCCAAGCGCCUGCGGCUGGUGGUCAGCCAUGGCUCCAUUGACCUGGAUGUCAACGGUGAUGGGCCGUGA